AUGAGCCACAGAAAUCGAUUCCUACACUUUAAGGCGGACACGGUUGCCGACACGCUUAUGUGGCUCGACGCGUUUGCCGCCAUCGGCACGCCACCACAUGCCCCUAAAAAGCGGCGAGUGCACGACACUGCUGCUGGUGUACCCACCCACGCUACCUCCGCCACGCAAACCGCGGCUACACACACCCUCCCCACGACCACGACCGCCUGUCGCAGCCUCUCCCCUCCUUCUUCUCUCUCAUCCAACACGUACGUCGUCACUUUACCGUCGCUCCCGCCCGCCAAAGUCCUCCACAUUGUGCUCGUUCGACACGGACAUUAUGUGAACGCGCACUCCAAGCAUGCUCGCGACUCUGACCAAGUGCUAUCGCACAUCGGACGGCGCCAAGCCGAAUGGGCCGGCCGGCAUCUCCAUCACCAGCUCGUGGCGGCGUCGUCGUCGCGGCACGACCUCGUCCUCGUACAUAGCGACAUGGAGCGGGCGGUGGAAACCGCGGGGAUCAUCGGCGACUUCUUCCCCGACUGCAGCCGCACCCCGUCGCCGCUGCUGCGCGAAGGGUGGCCCGGGGCGCCGAGCUCGAACCGCCCGUCCGCCGUCCAGAACGAGUUUGACGAUGCCCCCCCCCAUGACGCGAAAGAGCGGGGGGAACAAGGAGGACGAGGUGUUAGUGGUGCUGCUUUUACGUCAUCGCCGUCCCCCGAAGCCCAAGCCAUCGAAGACCGGCGCCUCGAUCGGGCGUUCCAAGCUACGUUUAUGGUCCAGGCAUCGAUGGCUACUAGUAGUACUAGUAGUACUAGUACUACGUUGGAAGACGAAGCCGCGACCGUUGGACCUACUUGCCGUGUCGUGGUGUGCCAUGCCAACGUGAUUCGGUACUUUUUGUGCCGGGCGAUGGGCAUUGUGGCUGCGGGGGUGUGGGGCGCGUUUGAAAUCAACCACUGCAGCAUCACCCGCAUCGACGUGAGCUCCACUGGCGCGUGCAAGAUCCUCGCCGUCAAUGAGUGUGGCCACUUGCCUGGGACGCUGGUCACUAGCAGCGAAGACCACUUAUAA